AUGGUUAUUCGACCCGCCGUUCCAAUUCCGCAGGAUGACCUGAAAUCAGUCGUUGAAGCUCGAACUCGGGAGUGGCAUUUCCAUAUCUAUUUCUUGCUUCAAUCGGAGGCCGAGACUGCCGCAGCGCUAGCUCUUCGAGAUGCUGUCUUGAGGUUGCGUCGAGAUGGGGCAUUCACCGCCGUUCCCUUACGCAGAGUCAACAAAUAUCCCAUAGGGCCACAUCCAGCCGGAUCAUAUGAAAUCUGGGUCCCUGACUCUUCGUUUUCUGAAGUUUUUUUCUAUUUGGCAUCAAACCGCGGCAAUCUUAGCGUCCUCGUCCACCCCUUGACUGCAAGUCAGCGUGAAGACCACGAGUCUCGAAACGCUUGGAUGGGUACACCAUGGCCCAUCUACCUGGAUGUUCUACCACUCGAUGGCGAUAUCCCACUCCAGUACCCAGAAUUGGGUCUAGGUUGGUCUACGUCGCCGGAUCAGGAGCUAUCUUUAGAAGAGAGACGUAGCAGAGGCGCGGAAGUUGAAGCCUUACUGGCUGGUAAUCCUGAGGCCGCCCCGGCUCCCAAAAACUGA